AUGCCGUCCGAGGAGGAAGGACCUCGCCAGACGGAGCCCUCGGCGACCUCAACAUCCCAGCCGAAAACAGGCCGGAGUGCGCCCGCGACUGUCACGGAUGUUCCCUGGCUCGCUGAUGUGGAGCAGAUGCGCCGACGAGUCCUCGCGGAAGCGGAGUCACUCCGCGGCGAAGCCCGUGGCCAUUACGAAAACCUGAGCGCCCAGGCGAGGGAGAAGCUCGAGGAGGCCGUCUGGGAGGCGUCGUCUCUCGCCGGGUUACAGUCUCAGAGCGCGGAGACGCUCAGUCUCCUGGCGAGAGAUAACAUCGGGCGCAAGUUCAAGGGAAGCGCCGAGGAGGUUGCGCGCUGGCAGGCGCAGGUGGUGCGGUCCGUGGAGGACAGAGUCAUCGCCGAAUUCGAGUCCUUCGUGGACGAGUUGGAGCCGAGCCUGUACCAGUCGGGGCGGAUGAUGACCGAGUCUGCGCUCGGUUUCGUGCGGUUCACCAGGGCCCCGGCCAAGGACGCGAUCGAGGAGGCGCGAAAGGAGGGCGACGCGGACAAGACGUCGAGGCUGGAGCGCUUCGACCGGGCGAUUUUGACGCCGAUGCUAAAACCCGUUCAACGAGGGAUGAAGGAGCCCCUUCUGGAACGCGCCCCGUACGUCGCGGGGGGGGUUGUGAUGUACGGCCUAGCGUGCGGUUUCCUCGGUGCGUGGCUGGCUAAGAGAGGGGGCGGUGGCGGGGGAGGAUCUUCCGGCGAGGGAACGUGA